UGGGAGGACAAGUGUAUGCAGAUGGACGGAUAGGUAGUUAGCAGGUGAAAACAAAGCCCAGAUGUCUUUGCUUAAUGAAGCUGUGUGUCACGUUUCUUCAUCUGCUUGGUUCUUUAGUCUCCGGUAAUUCAGUCCACAGCUCCUGUUCUCCAGAAUGGCUCCUUCCUCCUCCUCUUCUUCCUGCUGUUGUUGCUGCCCCCGUUCCUGGCUGUGCUCUCGCUCCUCAGCCUACACUCUGACUCUGGGCUUGGGGUUUGUCACACUGGGGACCAGUCGUAUCAUCCUGCUCAAAUUCUCCGCCAAUGAAGAUAACAAGUAUGACUUUCUCCCUGCCUCUGUGAAUUUAAUGGCAGAGGGUGUCAAGCUCAUCUUCUGUUUACUGAUGUCACUGCGAGUGAUCAUUCGAGAGGGUCGCUCAUGUAAGGACUUGGGCUGUUCCUCUGGUUCUUCUCUUCCUAGCUGUCUAAAGUGGGCUGUCCCUGCAUUCCUGUAUUUCCUUGACAACCUCAUUAUCUUCUAUGUGAUGAGCUACCUGCAGCCUGCCAUGGCAGUAUUGUUCUCCAAUGUUGUCAUUCUUACCACAGCAGUUCUGUUCCGAAUUAUUUUGAAGAGGCGCUUGUCCUGGGUACAGUGGGCUUCCCUCAUCAUCCUCUUCCUCUCCAUUGUGGCACUGACCACAGGCACAGCUGGUAACCAGCAUGCAAACUCCACACACAUUCUGCACCCAGCACAUCUCUCCACUCCCACUAACAGCUGCCUCAACUACACUCGCUUGGAGACGUAUCAGCAUGACCACAGCAAUUCCAGCUGGUUGGAGGGUCUACCGCAGCAGCUUCAGGGCAGUCAGAUCCUCCAGCGUCUUCACAGUUUCGGCCUUGGCUAUGUGCUUUUGCUGCUCCAGUGCUUCAUCUCACCACUGGCUAACGUCUACAAUGAGAAGAUCUUCAAGGAUGGCGAGCAGCUGGCUGAGAGCAUCUUCAUCCAGAACAGCAGACUGUAUGCUUUCGGCUUGGCCUUUAAUGGCUUUACGCUGCUCCUGCACAGUGACUCUCGGGUGGUCACUCUACACUGUGGGCUGCUGCACGGUCACAAUGCCUACUCCGUGAUGCUGAUCUUCGUGACUGCGGCCUUCGGCCUCUCAGUGGCCUUCAUCCUCAAGUUCCGGGACAAUAUGUUCCAUGUGCUGACGGGUCAGAUCACCACGGUGAUCAUCACGGCACUUUCACUUUUCCUCUUUGACUUUCACCCAUCACUAGACUUCUUCCUGCAGGCACCUGUGGUGCUGCUGGCUAUUUUCAUCUACCACAGCAGCAAACCGAAGGACCCAGAGUAUAUGCUGCAACAGGAGCGGCUCAGGGUCAUCAACGGGGAGGUGUAUGAGAGGUCCAGAGGGGACGGAGAAGAGCUGGAGAGAUUAACUAAAUCCAACACAGAGAGUGAUUCUGAAGAGUCUUUCUGAGCCUGUGUGAACCUCUCACAUUCCAGCCUUCAACUGCUGAGACUUGACCGUAAUUAUCUUGUAAAUGAUCUGUAUGUGCCUGUAUUUAUAAUGCUGCUUGGCACUUUAAAUGCUUGAACCCUGCUGCAUCAUAUUGACAUAACCAUUCUGUUAACAUAUCAUAUGUCACAAUAGAUCAUAGAUAUCAGAGUUUUUUUUCGGUAAUGUAGAGCUGUAUACAGUAAGUUUUUAACACCUCUGUUCAAAUUACAUGUUUUGUGGAUUUUCUUAGAGAGAAUAAGUAACACAUCCUCUACAGAGAACAAACUUAAGUAAGCAUUUUUCUAAUUUUAGUGCACAAUUUCUAUUUAUUUGUUCCAUUUAACAUAUUGGAAAGGGGUUUUCCCCCAAAUAUUUUAACUUUCGCAAAUAAACUGUAUUUGUGUAUUAAAAUGUGCAGGAGUGUGUUCUUUGUGGAGGAUGUUUGACCAGGGCUAUCUAAUCUUUUGCAUAAGAUUUGUAACAGUCUCAUGAUACCAAUCAUCAUGAUAACUUAUGUCACAUGCUAAUUUCUGCUAAGCAUACCCUUUAUAACAGUCAUGACCUCAGACCCUGGCAUCUGUGUUGUCAGUUACCGGUAAUGGUAAAAUGACACUGUUAUCUUACUGAACAAAAUCUGCCAUAGCAACACAAUAACAGAAUGAACAGAAUGUGGCAUUUGCUAUAAUAUUAUGCAGCAAGCUUCAAGUAAUGUGUUACCUAAUGCUGUUGCUGUAAUUAUGACAUAAAAGUAUUCGCUCAUCUGGCUUCACAUGCAUAUGAACUUAAUCCACAGGGUUUCAUAUGAGGUCUGCCCACGCUUUUGCAGCUAUAACACCUUCAACUCUUCUGGGAAGGCUUUCCACAAGGGUUAGGAGUGUGUUUAUGGGAAUUUUUGAUCAUUCUUCCAGAAGCACAUUUGUGAGGUCAGACACUGAUGUUGGAUAG